AGAAAAGCUGAACAGAACGAGUCGAGUGUCAGUGGAUGAAGAAGACACACACUUACUGACUGGCCCUCAUUAUGAUAUGAGGCUAGGCUCAUCACUGCAAGAACGAACUUUGAUUUGCCACCUAGACAUACUGCUAGCACUACCACGUCCACAUUCUUUAGAGCGACAUAAAAACACAGGUUCUGAGGCAAAUGUCCAGCCGCGCCAGGCUUUGCAAGUGAUUCCGAGAAAGAGAGAGGGCCAGUGUUUUCAACCGUGGUGAAAAAGUCAGUUGCUGCCUCUCUGCUACACCGUUCCGUUGACUGCUGUCCACACACGACUGGAGGAUUGAGAGAGUUAGCAGAACAAACAUGCCGAAUGAGCCGAAACGAGAGACCACGCUGGAGCGUGGCACUCGUAUCAGCCAGUACGCACCGAGACACACGGUGUACAUACGCGAUCUGCCCGAGAUCCCUCGCAACCUACCAAAGGUUGCGUCCAAGUGGAUGCGGGAUUCUCUGUCACCGUACAGGGUGAUUAUGACGAAUGCUGUGGCGUCACUCAACAGCCACGGCGGGAAAAUCUACUUCGGAGUCACCAGAGAAGGGAUUGUUGAAGGUUGCGUCGUCAACAGAGAGACAACGGACCACUACCAGCUGAUUUGCGACGACGUCUUCUCCAAGAUACAGCCUAUCGUACCCCGCCAGAGCUUUCGGGUAGAGUUUCUCCCUGUUGUCAUGAAAGGACGUUCAACACGCUUCCAGGUAAUGUGUAUACGUGUGGACGGCGGCAACAAGAGUGAGACCUACUGGGACAACUCCAAUCCAAACAUGCCCAAGAUGUACCUGAGAAGUAAAGGCAUCGUGACAGGCCCGCUCGGUCCCAACGAGAUUGGUCAGCUUGUCCUGGAGCGCUACCAGCAGUUCCUGCAUGGUGGGGGACGCAUCAAUGCGAUCGUCCGCGGAGCACCGGCUGCAUCAGCAGCGGCAGGCUCGAGAGUGCCGCCAUCUGCUGGCAAGCGUUCGGCUUCAGCUGCCACCGAUGUCCAGCCGCUGGCAAAGCGUUUGGCAGCAGCCAAGGCACUCAAGGCGUCAUCAUCAUCGACGUCGAGCAACCAGCUCAAGCCGACGACGGCAACAGCGGCGGCGGCAGGCUUGAGGGCUCCCGUCGUGUUUGACGACAAGCCCGCGUCCUCAGCCAGGGUUACGCUGCGACGAUCCUCAACUCUACGUCCCACCGCCGGACCCGUUCGCCAGCCUCCGCCGUCCGCCGCGGGUGCUCGUGGGAGAAUCAUCACCGUCGUCGAAGAGGACGAGGAAGGCUGAGCACCGCUCGCCGGCGGCUCCCCCGCUCGCGCGGAUGCUGCCUACGCCUUACCAGCUGCUCUGGACUCGCUCAGCAAAUGUCGCGCACCGCGUGACUAGAACUAGUAUUGCUUACUCCAGGCACCGCGUGACUAGAAUUGCUCCCUCCAGAGCACUGUUAGCUGUUAAUGUUAACCCACAUCCGCGGUGGACUACAUCCAUUAACAGCAUCACCUAACCGUAUCAUUGUCAACGAAAGUCACCAGAUUCCGUCGCCAAGGUGGCCGUAUUGCGCCACCCGGCAGCUGAUAGCAGGCCGACCAUUAGAGACGGAUGGCCACCGUCGAUGAUGAUCUUCAGCAGGCUGCGACAUGGAGCAGUGUGGAAUACUCAUGACUCAAGCCCACCUUUUAGUGACGUGUGGCAAUCUCGUGGGUCAACGGAGUGCUACAAACGAGUACAAUGGAAUCUUGGUGUAUGCACUGCCUACGUUUGGCCACACUGGACUUUCUCUUCUGCGUCGUGUUACGGCAAUUGGUUUGCGUGGCGUGGCGGUGCCUUGCCAUGUGUGGCUGGCGAUUGCAGUUCUCAUGUGUGCUGCGUCAGUGCACACACUAUGUGUAUGUGUGUGUGUGUGUGUGUGUGUGUGUGCAUGUGUGUGUGUGCAUGUGUAUGUGUGUGUGUGUGUGUGUGUGCAUGUGUAUGUGUGUGUGUGUGUGUGUGCAUGUGUGUGUGUGUGUGUGUGUGUGUGUGUGUGUGUGUGUGUGUGUGUGUGUGUGUGUGUGUGUGUGUGUGUGUGAGUGUGUGAGUGUGUGAGAGAGAGAGAGAGAGUGUGUGUGUGAGUGUGUGUGUGUGUGUGUGUGUGUGUGUGUGUGUGUGAGUGCGUGUGUGCGUGUCUUCGUGUGUACGUUCAUGUGUUUAGUGUUGUAACGUUACCGGCCCUCUGGUGUACCACACUCAGUUUAUGCCUUUCGUUAGAACGUCGGUGUUCCCUCCAUUUGUGUUGCGAUUGGCGGUAUAACUGAGAUUACUCGGUGAGGAUCACUAUUUUGUUUUUGCUUUUUUUAAACUAUUUUUAUACAUCCAAAAAGUAAGAAAGACGACCCGGUUUGUGCGGGUUUGAGUCAGGUUCCACUGUGA